AUGAUUGAUGUUUUGGAUGCAUUCCUCUCAUUAUCAACGAAAUUUUUUGAAAAUCGAGAAGACCUUCUUAGUGAUAUUCGUAAGAUUGGGUUGCUGCAAGGGUAUGUUAUGGUAAUCAAAAUAUCUAAAAUCAAUAGAUAUGUGGCUAUUGGUUGUGAUAGAGGUGGUUGUUAUCGAACCUACUCUGCACUUGAGGAGAAGAAAAAGAAUUCAGCUUCUCGUUUGAUAGAUUGCCCAUUCAAAAUUCUGGGAAGAAGGACAGCCGAAGGGUUGUGGAAGGUCAAGAUAAGCAACUUGUUACAUAACCAUGAGCCUUCCACCGACAUGGCUGGACAUCCAUAUUGUCGUCUGUUUACUAAAGAGGAAGCCUUACAAGUUGAACAAAUGAGUCUGGCUGGCAUAAAACCACGGCAAAUUCUCUCUUCGCUUCGACAAAGUAAUCCUGAUCUUCUAGCUCUUUCCAAAAAUAUAUAUAGCAAGACGGCUCAGUUUAGGAGGGAGAGUCUAGGUGGCUGUUCAAUUAUUCAAGCAUUAUUAGAUGAGCUUGGUGGUGCUGGUUUUUCUCAUAAUGUCAAAUAUGAGGACUCUGGUCAUUUGACUCAUCUAUUCUUUGCUCAUCCCACUUCUAUUGAGUUGACUAGAAGUUACUCUAAUGUCUUUGUGAUGGAUUGUACUUAUAAGACAAAUAAGUACAAGAUGCCAUUACUUGAGAUUAUAGGAGUGUCGAGCUUCAACACAUCAUUCUAUUCGUGUUUUGUUUUCAUGCAAAAAGAGGAACAACAAGAUUAUCAAUGGGCUCUUGAAAUGUUCAGUAAGUUGUUGGGAGAUGGUAAUCAUCCAUUGGCGAUUGGUCAGUUUAAGGAAGAUGCAGAUUGGGUUGGUUUUAUGUCUUCUUGGAGUACCCUUGUAAAGUCUUGGGACGUGUCGAUGUUUAAUGAAGCUUGGAACAGUUUUCAAAUUGAGUACAAAGACUAUGCUUCCGUUCUGACUUACAUUGGCAAUACUUGGCUUCCAUGGAAAGAGAGGUUUGUAUUUGCAUGGACCAGACCGACUUCACACUUUGGUAAUAAUGUUACUUCUAGAGCAGAAGGUGCACAUGGAACCUUAAAGAAAUAUCUUCAAGUUUCUACUGGUGGUCUCCGUGAAGUGAAGGAAAAUAUUUGUCUUGCUAUUCAAAAUCAGUUUCAAGAAAUUAAAACUCAACUUGCAAGUGAAAAGAUUCGUGUUCCUCAAAAGCUUUGCAUCCCUUUCUUUAAAGAGGUGAUUAAUAAGGUAUAUUUCUAUGCUUUGUUUGAGUUACAAAAGCAAUAUUUGUUGGCAAAUACCAGAGACUAUUCAUCCCAAUGCAAGGGCCAGUUUUCCAAAACCAUGGGUCUUCCAUGUGUGCACAUGAUCAAGGAUAUGAGGAUUGAAGUGCUGCCGUUAAAUCAGAUUCAUGAGCAAUGGAGGAUUGACACAAGAUCAUUCACUAAUGAUCAUUGUGCAAGAUUGGAUCAUGAAGAUCCAUUUAGUAGUCUUUUAUCUGAGGUUAAAGAGAAGUAUGAAAAACAGCCACUUAUGCAAAAAGAAAAUACAUUAAGGCAGCUUUCUCAUAUUCUUGGUGCAUCUUGUCCUUUAAUUUUUGAACCUACUCUUCAACCUCACAAAGGUCGUCCGGUAGGAUCAAAUAAAAGAAAGGAAACUAGCUCUACAAGGCAGGAACCUUCAUAUUUUGAGAGAGUGGAGAAGGCACCUCGAAAAUGUAGUGGCUGCGGUAAUAUUGGCCAUUAUCGUAACAAGUGUCCAUCAAUUAAUAAGUCUACCGCACUAGGAACAUAG